AGAGCCAUAACAUAACCUCACUACAACUCUGAUGUAAAUAAAUAUUUCAAAAAAGACAUGGAUAAGACUGAAGUACCCUGUGCUGUGUGUAAUACCUUCUUGGAAACCAUCCAUUUUAACUUAAAAAGUAAUAAUUCUAAAUAUUCAAACACUCCUCUAAUAUCAAUUAUUGAAAACGUAACUGCAAAAUUUCUGCCCAAACACUUUGAUAUCUGUAUACAAUGUUACGAUUUAUUAAACGAGUUAGAUGCUAUUGAGUUAAGGCAAAUGGAAAUUCGAAGUCAGUUUAAGAAAUAUGUAGAGCAUCAUUACAAGCAAAAUAUUUCCAGUAUCCCAAAUAUAAAUCCUGAAGGGAAUGAAAUAAGCAUAAAUGAUAAUUUGUCGGACUGCAGUAAAACGAUUGAAAACAGCAUAACCGCUAAGUUAAAUAAAAAUAUAAAAUCAAAUGUUAAGCUUGUAGAUGAAAAUACGACAAAUAGUACUUUAAGUGUGUGUAAUAUAGAAGAAACAGUGCCGGUUUCAAGUACAGAGAAAACUGAGAAAAUAAAAAUCGGGAAAAUAAAAUAUCCUGGGGCUCCAAAACCACACAAAUGCCACUGUUCGAAAGAAUUUCGAACUGCUAGCGAGCUGAAAAAUCACAUGAACACUCACAACAAUCGUCGUGCGUUUAUUUGUGAAAUAUGCGGACAGUCUUACAAGCACAAAGCCGCGUUCAAUAUUCACAUGGAUAUGCAUAAUGGUAUUAAUCCGUUUACCUGUAUUUAUUGCCACAAGUCCUUUACUCAGAAAGGUGCCUUAGUAAGACAUGUACCCAUUCAUACAGGGGAGAUGCCUUACCAAUGUGAUGAAUGCGGCAAACGUUUUGUACACCAUACUUCGUUUAACAUUCACAGGUUGUCCCAUACCGGACUAAAAUCUUAUAAGUGUACCACGUGUGGUUUAGCGCUAAUGUCCGGUUCGCACCUCAAGAGACACAUGCGGAUACAUACGGGCGAAAAGAACUUUGCUUGUGGCAUUUGCGGAAAGCGUUUCGCUGAAAAGUAUAAUUUAGCAGUCCACGAGAAAUUGCACACCAAUCCCUGUUCGAGUGUAUCACAGAAAAGGAAUUAUAGCUGUCAGAUUUGUGGUGUAAGCUUUGAAAGGAAGGUGAAGCUAGAUGAACAUUUAGUGAAGGAACACCAAAUAAUGAAGUUAGAAAUAGAUAACAAAGACAUUUUAAAACAGCCUUUUAUAUGUAACGACUGGAGUACCGACGAAUAUAAGUAA